AUAAAAAACAAUCCACGACACGUCGUUUACAAAGCCCCGUGCCCAAAAACAUGACCUCCCUCUCCCAUUUCCCUCUCCCUCUUUGAUGAUUCUUCUCUUACAGUGUCCCUCUGACAUUUUUUGAAUGAGGGUCAGUGACAUUCAAUCUUAAAACCCAAAAAGAUGCAUUUUUUUCUGGAGGGUCAGACAUGAGUACAUCACCACCACCACCAACUAACAUCAGGGAACAAUGCACACAUGAUGUAUGUCUUUAAUAGGAAUGGAGUUUGUUUGCUUUGUAGAGAAUGGAACCGUCCUCUUCACUCUCAAUCCUCUGCAAGAUCGUAAGCUCAUUUCUGCGCUGAUAAAGGGUACCUUGGGGUCCCUCAGUUACCAGGGCAAGGUUCUUCUUUUCACAGUUUUUGUACAAAUACGUACAAGCUCAGUUUUCAUGGAAACUCCUUCUGGGAUAAAGCGAGAUGAUGGUGGCCUUUUUGGACAAAAUUCAAGGGACUACUCAGGCAGCAAUUGUAGGGUAAGGGAGUGCCUACAAGAAGGUAGUUGGGACAUGGGAGAGACUAAUAUGUGCAGAUAAAUCAUAUCUUGCAUGUGCC